AUGGAAGUGAAAACAUCAUUCAGCAAAGCCAGUAGGAUUCCUGAACCUGUAUCCACGUUAAUUAAUGAAGAAUUUGUCCUGGUUCAUCAGCAAUCUGAAGACACCUCUGGAAAAGAUGAAAAACCUCAGCUAAAGGUGUUUUCAAAUGGAGAUGAUCAGCUGGAGAAGGCAAUGGAAGAGAUACUGAGGGAUUCUGAGAAAGACCAAAAUGUCACUGCUCUGCAGGAAGGUUCCAGUGAUGGCAGCACCAGGGCAGAUGGGUCAGCAGGGCAGAGUAACCAGCCAUCUCUGCACCUUGUGUUGGACCCCUCUACUACAGAAAUCUCUGCACCAAGGCCAACGUCUCCCAGUGAGCCCCUGGAAGAGGACAGUGUGUUGUUUAACAAACUGACUUACUUAGGCUGCACUAAGGUGUCAGCCCCUCGCAAUGAGCCAGAAGCUCUCCAUGCCAUGGCAAACAUGAAGGCCUCAAGUCAAGCCCCUUUACCUGUAACACUCUAUGUUCCAAACAUUCCAGAAGGCUCUGUAAGAAUAAUAGAUCAAUCAAGCAACGUGGAGAUUGCCUCAUUCCCCAUCUACAAGGUGUUGUUUUGUGUGCGUGGGCAAAAUGGCACUUCGGAGAGCGACUGCUUCGCGUUUACGGAGAGCAGCUGUGGCACAGAGGAGUUCCAGAUCCACGUUUUCUCCUGUGAGAUCAAAGAGGCUGUCAGCCGAAUUCUGUAUAGUUUCUCCACAGCAUUCAAACGUUCUUCCAAACAAGCAUCUGAUCACGUGAAGGACUUUGUUCUCCCCACUCCAGACAGUGAUGUGUACACUUUCAGUGUCUCCUUAGAAGUCAAAGAAGAUGAUGGCAAAGGAAAUUUUAGCCCUGUGCCAAAGGACAGAGACAAACUGUACUUCAAGCUUAAACAGGGCAUUGAGAAGAAAGUGGUGAUUACAGUUCAGCAGCUCUCAAACAAGGAAUUGGCCAUUGAAAGGUGCUUUGGGAUGCUGCUGAGCCCUGGCCGAAAUGUGAAGAACAGUGACAUGCAUUUACUGGACAUGGUAAUACUUAGCUCUGAUAAGAGUUCUGAUGGGAAGGCUUAUGUCAUCACUGGAAUGUGGAAUCCUAAUGCUCCCAUGUUUCUAGUGCUUAAUGAGGAAACUCCUAAAGACAAGCGUGUGUUCAUGACCGUGGCUGUGGAUAUGGUGGUGACUGAAGUGGUAGAGCCUGUCAGGUUCCUGCUGGAGACU